GAGAUGGUGGCCUGCAGCAAACUUGGCCUACUUCGUCUGUCCGCCAACAACUUCUCUGACUUGCCAAAGUGGCUGUUCGAACCCCCCGAACUCGCCUUUCUAUCAGUUGCUGGCAAUCCCUGUUGCUCCGUUAGUCUCGAGGAAGAGCUCGCUCUGCUACGCAAGGUGAACUGGGAGGAUGUUGUGAUGAGGGAGUUGCUGGGCCACGGAGCGUCUGGCGACAUCUUCAAGGCGCGGUGGAUGCUCGCUGACUCGGUGGUAGAGGAGGUGGCCGUGAAGCUGUUCAAAGGGGAGGUGACAAGCGAUGGAACACCUCUGGAUGAAAUGGGCGCCUGUUUGGCAGCAGGAUCGCACGAUAACCUCAUCAGCACGUUGGCCAGCAUCCAGGGCCAUCCAGAGAAGCACGGUCUCAUCAUGCAGCUCAUUCCACCCCACUACCAGAGCCUAGGCCUGCCGCCUUCCUUGGAGACUUGCACUCGAGACCGGUACGAGCCAGGCAAGAAGUUGUCAGUCAAAGUUGUCCUUGAGCUCUUGAGUGGUGUUGCCGCAGCUGCUCUUCAUCUUCACAGACGAAAGGUGUCUCACUGCGAUCUGUAUGCGCACAACAUUCUCUUCAACGACGACGGACACGCUCUGCUGGGCGACUUUGGGGCAGCGACGAUCUACGAGCACCUCGGUAGAUUCAACUUUGAGAAGCUGGAGGUGCUUGCAUUCGCUCACCUCAUUGAUGACAUGCUUGGGGUUGUUCGCGUCGAGGAUAGUGAUGGCAGACAGCAGACUCUGCAAAGCUUGCGGGAGUUGCACACUCGCUGCUCCAGCUCAGUUGUCUCUGAGAGGCCUACCUUUGCCGACGUGGACGAUUCUCUCAGAGCCUUGGGUUGAAACUCAAUAGCCCGAAAAGGCGAUUUCUGUUGUCCCGGCUUUUAGGUUUCAUGCGGUAAGAUAUACGAGCCAGGUCCAAGAGAGGUUUCUGAAUCUUCAAGAGAAAGUGAAUAAGUGGAGUCUCUAUAACGAUUAGGCGCGAGAUAGACAACGGGAAUGAGACAUGGAGCUACUUAUAGAAUUAGACACAACCUAGACUUAGACGCAUUUAGAGAUCAAGUAGGUCAGGCUGCUUCUAAAUUGUUGAACUUUGUAUUCUUCCUCAUUCAACUUUCUAGAUGAUGACUGCCUAGGUAUGUCGGC